UAUUUGUUAUUCCUCUGCUUUGGUGGUUCUGUGGAUAUAUUCCAUCGGAAGUGAAAUGAAAUGAAUUUCCCGCCAGAAUUUAUUGUGAAUUCCAAACAGAAGUGGAGAAGUUAAUUAAAGUUUUAGUCAAUUUAUCUAUUCAUAGGAUUCUUUGUCAGAGAAUUUACUUGCAGUCUGAAAUACUUCUUCACUGAAUGGAAAAUACGAUUUUGACAUUCUUUCUCUUUAAAAUGAUCUUGUCAAAUGUAUACCCGAUACAUUAUCUAGAUUUUCGUGCUAAGAUUUGUGUUAGUAAAAGAAAGCUUUAGUUGCCAGUAUGUCUCAGAAACUGAUUUCAUCCUACUUAACAUCACCAACUAGUCGUAAAAGAAAGCGUGAUGAGAGCGAAGAUCAGGAAAAAUUGGAUGGUAGUAAAAAUGCAGAAAAUUUAAAACCAAGUAUUGUUGCAAAUCAAAGAGCUAUAAUAGUUGAGCUGGCGAAGAAGAAUCCAGCUUUAGGUGCUAAUAUUGGAUUGACUUGGUUUAAGGCUUUAGAAGAAGAAUUCUCCAAAGAUUACUUUACAGAACUUGGAAAAUUUUUAUUUAGAGAACGGUGUUCUUACUGUAUAUAUCCACCAGAAAAUUAUGUUUAUUCAUGGACAAAUGCUGUAAAAAUACAGGAGGUUAAAGUUGUUAUUUUAGGUCAGGACCCAUACCAUGGACCCAACCAAGCUCAUGGUUUAGCAUUUAGCGUUCGAAAAGGAGUAGUAGUUCCUAAAAGUUUGGGAAACAUUUAUAAGGAACUUUCCAGUGAUAUACAAGGAUUUAAACCUCCAUCACAUGGCUAUCUUUAUGGAUGGGCUUUGCAAGGGGUGUUAUUGCUCAAUGCCUGCCUGACUGUUAGAAUGCAUUGCCCAAACUCUCAUCAAAACAAAGGUUGGGAGAACUUAACAGAUGCUGUAAUUCGAUGGAUAAAUAAUAAUUUAUCAAAUGUAGUUUUCUUGCUUUGGGGUGGAAAUGCUCAAAGAAAAUCUGAAUUGAUUAAUAAGAAAAAUCAUCUUAUCCUUGCUGCAGCUCAUCCAUCUCCCCUUUCCGCACAUAGAGGAUUCUUUGGGUGCCGCCAUUUUUCACGAACAAAUGAAUAUUUGCAGGAACAUAAUAAGAAACCUAUUGAUUGGGCCUACUUACCUUAGAGACUAUAACCUACCUAAGAAAUAUUUUUAUGUGAUAAAAUGUGAAUCUUAAAAUGCCAAUUUUAUUUCUUGUCAUUGUUAAUUAAGCUAUUUUAAAUAGCUUUCUUUUAUAU